GAUGGUGGACAUUUAUAAAAGGAGCUACAUGAAUCUACCGGCACUAUAAUACCGGCAUUCGUGUUGAUAGUGUUUCAAAUCAUAAAAAGUGCAACAACGGUGCUAAAGCUGUGUUUCGAGCAAUAAAGUACAGGAAAUUAUCAAAAUGUCUUUAAACGUACCGAGGCUGAAUUUCUACAACGGCAAUGUGGUACCAGUCUUUGGACUUGGUACAUGGAAGUCCAAACCUGGAGAAGUUACCCAGGCUGUUAAGGAUGCAAUUGAUAUUGGAUACCGUCACAUUGAUUGUGCCCAUGUAUAUGGCAAUGAAAAGGAAGUAGGUGCUGCCCUUAAAGCAAAAAUUGCUGAGGGUGUUGUGAAAAGACAAGACCUUUUCAUCACAAGCAAAUUAUGGAACACCUUUCACAAACCAGAUCUGGUUGAACCUGCCCUCAAAACAACUUUGUCUAAUCUGGGUCUGAACUACUUGGAUCUUUAUUUAAUUCACUGGCCAAUGGCAUACAAAGAAGGAAGUGAUCUUUUCCCACAAAAUGCUGAUGGCACUCCUGCCUUGAGUAAUGUAGACUAUGUAGAUACAUGGAAAGCUAUGGAGCCUUUGGUAUCUAAAGGUCUUGUUAAGAAUAUUGGUGUUAGUAAUUUCAACUCUGAGCAACUAGAGAGACUGUUCAAAAACAGCACAAUCAAACCAGUUACAAACCAAAUUGAAUGCCACCCAUAUCUUACCCAAAAGAAGCUUUCUAAAUUCUGCAGAGAGAAGGACAUUCUUGUCACUGCAUACAGUCCCCUUGGAUCUCCUGACAGGCCAUGGGCUAAGCCAGAUGACCCAAAAUUGUUGGAUGAUAAGAAAUUGGGUGAACUUGCCAAGAAAUACAACAAAACACCUGCUCAAGUCCUUAUUAGAUACCAGCUGGAUCGUGGUCAUAUUGUAAUUCCUAAAUCAGUGACAAAAUCUAGAAUUGCUCAAAACAGCGAGGUCUUUGACUUCAAACUUUCUGCAGAAGAUAUUGCAUACAUUGACACCUUUGACUGCAAUGGCAGAAUCUGUCCAAUGACAGGUACGGAAUCUAGCCCGCACUACCCCUUCCACAUUCCGUUCUAAGUAUUAAAAUUAAUAGUGUACAAACUGUUCUGAUUUACAAUAUCUUUUUCUGUAC